AUGCAGGGCCGGAUCCGGAAUCUCUGGCGGCCAAUGAAGGUUAAGGAAAUGGACAGGACGUACAACACAAAGUACGUUAGGCUACACUGCAGAGCGUCGUCAUCGUCCGACGGAGCGCAGACGUACAUGCAUGCAGGGCUAGGCCACGAGACGAUUACGUAUUUACCGCGCACCUUGAAUUGCGGAACCGAAGUCAAUAUAAUUCUCACCGUGAUUCCAAGAUCCAACUUGUGUCGAUCAGAUCACCGAAAGGCACUCAUGUGCAUACAUGGCGAGGCAGCAUAUGGUGCUGUUGACGGUGCCCCAGUAUUUCUCCCCGGCUCCCAUCUCCUCGCCAUCACCCCAUUCUUCCGCCGACGCUUCGAGUUUCUGAACGAUGGUUUCCGUAAAACUGGCCAGUCCCUCUUUCAGUUCAACAUGCUCCGAGAGACAGUCAUUGUUGUUUCCGGGGAGUCAGCGCGGAAAUCAUUCUUCGCCAACAAGCACUUCGACCUCACUGAAGGCUUUAAAGUGCUUUCCGGAGCUAUCCCUGUCGUCAAAGGCGUAACUUCCGACCUUCAGACUAAGCGCAUUGCGCAAAUUCAUAAGCGUCUCUCCUCCGUUCAGCGAAAUGAACACCUUAGUGGCCUAAUUGCUCCCAUCUUGGAGGAUUGCCGAAGAGUAAUGGAAACGUGGGGACCAUCAGGGACAUUUGACCCAUUUGAAAAAAUUUAUGAACUUUUAUUCCAAAUUACUGUACGAUCGCUCUCCUGCGAGGAGUUAGCAGACGAUCCUGUCCAAGUUGCGCGUCUCAAGGAACUCUACGACACCUUGGACAGCGGAACAACGCCCGCGACUGUCUUACUCCCAUGGCUACCCGGGCCUAGCAUGCUUAAGAAGCUGUGGGCAACCAAAAAAAUCUACGACAUUAUCGUCCGGGCCAUUGAUGAACGGGAGCGUAGUGGAAUAUCUAAACCUGACACUCUGCAGAUGCUCCUUGACGAGAAAGACGAAAGGCUUGUUAUUGUCGGCUUCAUUUUGGGUCUGCUAGUUGCUGGUGCGCGAGCGACCGGAACAACAGCUUCGUGGCUCAUCACCUAUCUUGGUGAUCAUGAGUCCAAGGAUGAAGUAAUCGCCGAAGUGGAGCAACUCCUGGCAAAUUACGUCUCCCCUAAUGUCUCCCACUCUUUGUCACACCAACUUUCGUCCAUUCCACUAGAGGCUUGGGAAUCUGAGACACCCGUUCUUGAUUCUCUCAUUCGCGAGACUCUCAGGAUUGCGCAGCCGCAUACUGCCAUGCGCCGAAACCUUGGGCCUGAUGUGACGAUUGACGGAAAGACUAUCCCAUCAGGGGCAUAUGUAGUAUAUCCUUUCUCGGACGUUCAUCUCAAUCCAGACCUCUACCCUGAUCCGUGGAGGUUCGAUCCUAGCCGGGAGGAAGCGACGGCUCCGUUCGGUUACGUUGGUUGGGGAGGAGGUAAGACGCAUUGUCUUGGCCAGCGCUUGGCCCGACUUGAGCUCAAGCUUGUCACCUCCAUGAUGCUACUUGGUUUCCGGUACUCCCUUGUUGACAAGAAAGGCGAGCAACUCAACGCACCCCCUCAACCCAACUGGAACGAUAUUCUACUCUGCCGACCGGAACAGGGCUCGUCUUAUGUUAAACACGAGAAAUCCGUGCUUUCACUUUAA